UUCGCAAAAGUGUGUAUCGCUCUUCAGCUCGUUAUACAUCCAAUAAAAACAUGAAUAAUGUUUAAAACGUCCCGAAUUUUUCCAAAGUUUCCAAAGUGUGAAAUUCCCGAAACAAAUAUCUCAAUCAAUGAAAAGGGAAAACUUCGAAAGAAGCAACGAAGAAAAAAAAGUGCCGAAAAUCAUUCAUUAAAUUGGAACAUAGAUCCAAGUGAAAGUGUAUAGGGACCUCGAGCACUUUUACUUUCGUCGUUGAUUCGUGUAUGUGUGUGUUUGCCUGUGAAUUAGUAACGUUUUGUUUUGAUUCGGAUUACCACAUGCCACAGCAUACUUCCUGUUGUUAUCGGCAUAUUUGCAUCAAUGUAUUGCAGCAUUAAAGCUAGUUCAGCGUGUGUUAAAUAAAACAGUAAAACAUUUGCCAAAACUAGAGUAUUACCGUUUCGUAACGUCAACUUGUUACGACUAAUAUACAGCUUUGCAUACCACAAAAAUACUAGCAAAUGUACACAGAAGAAAAUAUGCUCAAAGAAAUUGGGAUAACUAUGUUCAACAGCAGUCUCUAAAAGAUAUCAAUAAAAAACCAACGGCAAAGAGAAGAAAACUACAGAAAACGCACAAUUUUCUUUUUAUUCAAUUUUCUCUUUUGAUCGAGAAAAUAAAUUCGACUGCUUCCUGUACCAUAAGCCUGAAUAGGAAAUGUCACACACAUUACUCACACAUUACUUAAUGUCACACAUAUCACUUAAUUCAACCACAAUAGCAAAUGUGACAAAUGUAGCUAAUAUUUCAUAUCUAAGCGCAGAGGAAAUAUGUUUGAAUGAACGAAAAUGGUGGAUGUUUCUGCUGUCGAGCCUCAUCUCAUUCUCGACUGGAAUUCUGAUCGUUCUGCUAUGGCGAAUUUUUGCUUUUUUCUUCUGUCAUAAGCCAGAACUGUCGGAAAAUGAAGAGGAACCGGAGGAGGACCAGGAAGAUGAUGUGCAAAUAAAUCAGGAAUUUGGCUGGCUCAAAACUUUCUUCCAUAUCCAUGCCAAAAUAAACACCACAAAAUCCGGCAGAAUUUUGUUGGUGCUCGUUUUCAUAUUAAAUGUUGCAUCGUUCAUUAUAUAUUUGAUCGAUACAAUAACGACGAAAAAAUAUGUUGAGAGGUGUGUGCCAUUCAACGAAAGUAUCACACAGCGAAUAGAUUUCGCAUUAAAUAACAUUUUUCUGGUUUUCUUCUUUAUACGAUUAUCAUAUUGGACGUGCCUAAAAAUUAUUACAUUGACAAUCGUGGGUGAUGUGCACUGUAAGACGGUGUUGGGACUAACAUGCUUUAUAGUUAGCCUGCCUUUCCACCUGUAUAUGUUAGCAGGGGUAACAAUGCAGAUAAUUUAUGUGAUUGAAUAUGAAUUAUUAGACGAUAUUGAAGAGCCAAUAUGGUCGAAGCUUGCCAUCAUGUUUAGGAUAAACGGUACUUAACAUGCUUGAAUGGAUCUUUGUUGCGAAAAGUUAUCGUACAACGAUGUGUGUUGCACAUCAACCCGUGAAGUCAACAAGAACUGCGAUAAAGUAAAUACAAAUGAACAAUUAAAUUACAAAGUUUCAUCGGUUCUAUGUGUAACUGAUUCUAUUUAAAUAAUUAUUUAUUUUCUUGUGGUAAGAACAAAAAACCAAUUCAAGCUUGAAGAACAAUUUACAGAAAUAAUAUUUCGUAAAUAAUUUGUUUGACUAUUUCAAGAAGAAUUCAACGAAAUAAAUGUAAAAUUUCUUUCGAAGGAGUUUUCCUUUUAUAAGGAGCGCACUGCGUUGACAAAACUGACCCGAAAUCAAACACCAUUUUCUAUAAAAUAUUUAACAAAGAUUUGAGAUGUGAUAUUGAUAUUGAGUACAAAAGUAAUUUACUAAUAAAACCGAUAAAUAAAAUUAAAAAUAGCAGUGAUUGUAUUGUAAAAAGAAGAAUAAAAAAUGAAUAAUGAUCUAGACUCAGUAUUUAUGAAUAUAUUGUGGAAUAGUUCACACGUUUGACCAUGUUUCGUGAGAAUUCGUCAUAAAUAAAUAAAUACAAACCUUCAUUA